CAUUAUCAGCCGCAUCCACAUCGAAAAAAAAAAAACCUGGAAUCAGCUUAUUUAUAAUUUAUUAGCUAAAUGUGACACUUGGGAAAAUUGUUCACUAACCACAACACAAAACCUGGUGAAACUAUUUCGCAACCAGUCUUAACACGCCUCAGUUCCGGGUUUCCGCAGGUUGGGAUAGUGACUAUGGAAGUAUGACAGACGCGUUGGAGUUGAAGCCCAUUCAAGUUGUCUGUGACAACAAUAACGCCUCGAGUGACCAAACGAUUGAGGUGAUUCCAGGGAAUGGCACUUGCUCAGACCACCUAAGAUCAGAGAGAAAUGAAGUGUCCCCUCUUCUAUCAACACCACAGGUCACUGAGAAUAAUAGUGAACAGCAUGUGGAUGGAGGCGUCGAUGCUGACUCUCUAACUCGACCCAAGUGGUCAAGGGAGCUGCGGAGGGUCAAGAGAGAACUAAAUGAGGUGGUGGUGUGGAAAUUCAAAUUAUGGACAGUGCUACUCUUCAUCUUUAUUACCAUUGCUCUGGUUAUUGGGAUCUCAAUUAUUGUGUGUGCAGUUGUUCAUGAUGAUGAGGAUGAAAAAUAUGACAAAUCCUCAUAUGUGGUGGCACGCUUCUUCAGAGGAAAUUUCACUCUGGAUGCUAACAGCUUCAUUUCAAACUCUCCGGAUGAAGAGACUAUGAGAGAGCUGGAAAAGCAGCUGAUAGAAGUCUACAGUUCUUCUCCUGCAUUGGAGAGGUACUUUUACAGUGUCACCAUAAACAAUCUCCAGGACACUGCAGCCCAGUUUAAGCUCCAGUUCAUGAUGCCUUUAGAACAUGAGGAGCUGAUACGCUACACUCUGAGUCUAAAGAUGGUUAAAAAUGUGCUGCUCCAACACUUGUAUGAUCGAGACACUGGAGCCCCUUUCUAUAUCAAACCAACAUCACUCCACAUGGAAGUUGGGUAGACAUGCCAAACUUUAACUACAAGAUGGAUGUUGAACCUCUGGUAGCUUCAUCAGAAAACAGAACAUUCCAUGCAACACUUUAUUUCAUUUGAUUGCCUUGUGGACUCUUUAAAAGAUCUCUUAAUAAUAUUAAUUAUCCACCAUUAAAAAUUAUCUCAGUUUUAUGGGUUCAUUUCUAAAUAUCAUUGCGGUAAGUUAGUGUUCAUUAAAGUAUGUUUUAUAUAGAGGGUUCCCAUGGGUCCCUGAAAUCCUUGAAAGUUUGUGAAUCUGAAACAUUUUUGUUGCGGCCUGGAAAGUUUUAGAAAAUAAAUAUACUUUGAUGCAGGUACUUGAAAGUGCUUGGAUUUCUUUUGUGCAAGAAGUUUUCUGGAAAAAAUUCCAUAUUAGUCCCUCUGGUCUGCUAAUGUGUUAUUUUGCCAAUAAUUUGUGGCCUAUGCAUAGAAGCUUGCUUGAUUUACAUUAGUUACGCGCAUUUAUGCUUUACGUUAAGUGUUUCACGUGUGAGGUACUUUGUGUUGUAGACAGUACGUUGCCAUUACGUUAGAGUGACCAUAUUUCCUCUUUUUCCUGGACAUGUCCUCUUUUUGGACCUAAACAAAUUAAUCUGAACUGCCCAAAAUGUCGGGAAUUCGGCUUUUACUUUCUACAGUCGUCAGUGCAUUUUUGUAUUAAAGCGCUACGAUGGACUGUUUUCUUAAUCCUGCUCCCACUGGAUUUCCCGCUCCCGUGAUUCUAAUAUUGCAUAAUUUUUUGCGCAUCAGGGAGCCGCCUUCAAUAAGCAGAGCAUUUAAAUCUCUUUUUAUCAGUCAUCCCUUUCUCCUCAAUCCGUGAUCAGUCAAAUUUGACUCCUGCAGCUCCUAUUGCUACUUUUAAACUGUUAAUGGGUUGAUUUUCCCCGUUGGUUAAAGGUUUUAAAUGUUGCUUAAUUACAUUUGACUAAGAUUCUACCUAUGAUAAAACUGUUCUAGAUAUUACAUUUUGUGAAGGAGGGCCACUGGUACAGUAGGAAUCUUUUUAGCUGUUUUUAUGAUCAAUAUGCAUAACCGUGACUGUAAAAUAUGUAUUUUAGGUAUGGAAAUGACAUUUUCAUGAUAUUUGAUAUUUGGGAUAUGGUCAUUGCACUACUUUAACCACUGACCAACCACAUCCCAGCCCCCUGCCCCAACCACUGUCCUCUUUUUGGAAAACUAAAAUAUGGUCACCCUACUGUCAUGCACUAAACCACUAGGAUGGUAGGCCUACCUCUGUGUUUCACAGACACACCUGGGAAUUAAUGUUGAAUUGCUUUGCUUAAGAUAAUGUAAACCUAUGAGGCAAGAAAAACUUCUGGUUACAUGAGCCUAAGCUCUUUUCAAUAAAAUCAUGCAAAUUCAUGCAAAA